GGUGCGAAGAGGCAAACAUGGCGGCUGAGGGAGAUGUGGAUUUGGAUUUAGAGGCUGAGGAAAACUGCACUGGAAAACCCACAGAAAAGCCUCGCAAACAUGAUAGUGGAGCUGCUGAUCUGGAAAGAGUUACCGACUAUGCGGAGGAAAAAGAAAUAUCCAGUUCGAAUUUGGAAACGGCCAUGUCCGUGAUCGGAGACAGAAGGUCCAGAGAACAGAAGGCGAAACAGGAAAGAGAAAAAGAAUUGGCUAAAGUAACAAUAAAGAAGGAAGAUGUGGAGCUCAUUAUGGGAGAGAUGGAGAUUCCUAGAGCAUUGGCAGAGCGCAGUCUGAGAGAACACAUGGGCAAUGUUGUUGAGGCAUUGAUUGCAUUGACCAACUGAGUUGAUUGGACUGCUUUCCCGCCUAUCAAAAGCUUUUCUUUGGCUUUCACACUGUAUUUAGUCUGUAAUAAAGGAACUUUUUUUUAACAGUAGUUUGCUUGUUUCAUUUAGCAGUAGCUCAAUUUAUUUUGGUGAU